CUCUGAUCCUAUCGACUAGGGCCCUGCUUCUGACGUCACUUCCCAUUGACCGCCUCCUCAGACCCGCCCCUCGAAAUUGAGGCCGGAAGUGGGUGCCGGACACGAAGAGAGGAACGCUACGGAGAAGGGGGAGGGCCAUGGCGGCCUCUGCGGCGGCCACGGCCACGGCCUCGGCCUCGGCCUCAGCGGCGGCCGCGGAAGCCGUCCACUACAUCCACCUGCAGAACUUCUCACGCUCGCUGCUGGAGACCCUCAACGGGCAGCGGCUGGGCGGCCACUUCUGCGACGUGACCGUGCGCAUCCGGGAGGCUUCGCUGCGGGCGCACCGCUGCGUGCUGGCGGCCGGCUCGCCCUUCUUCCAGGACAAGCUGCUGCUGGGCCACUCGGAGAUCCUGGUGCCGCCUGUGGUGCCGGCCCAGACGGUGCGCCAGCUGGUCGAGUUCCUGUACAGCGGCUCGCUGGUGGUGGCGCAGAGCGAGGCCCUGCAGGUGCUGACGGCGGCCUCCAUCCUGCAGAUCAAGACGGUGAUCGAUGAGUGCACCCAGAUCAUCUCCCAGGCCCGGGGAGCCGGCGCCCGGGGGCCGGAGGACGGGACCCCGGGGCCGGCCACCACCGCCUCUGAGCUCUGCGCCCCGGGGCCGGGGGCUGAGGUCCGCUACAAGCUGCGAGAUCUGCUCUCUGCCCAGCAGCAGCAGCAGCAGCAGCAGCGGGCCGGGGCCGGGGCCUCAGCGGCCGACGUAGGGCCCCACGGCUGUCACAGCCGCAAGCAGAGGCAGCCCGUCCGCCUGCAGCUGCUGGAGCCACUGCCCGUGGUGGUCAAGGACGAGGAAGGAGAGACCUCGCCCACCCGGGCAGCCCCCACGGUGGCGGGGGAAGGAACCAGAGAAGGCUCGGGCCAGGGGGACGGGGUGGAGGAGGAAGAGGAGGAGGAGGAGGAGGAGGAAGAGGACGGGGCCGAGGAGGAGGAGGGAGGGGGCGGCAGUGGAGGGGGCUGCUUUAGUCAGUGUGGGGGAGGCUUCUUCAGUGAGGGGCUUAAAGAACCCCGGAAGGAGCCCCCCCCUACAGGGCCGGAUUUGGCUCCCUCAGAACCCCCCGGAGGAAGAGACUAUUUCGGAGGGGCCUCGGAAGAGGUGUUCCCCGAGAGCUUUAUCCCCGUGUGGCCCAACGAGGACGUGGCCGAGGGGGGCCCCCGGGAGGCGGCUCCCCCUGCCCUAGACGGCCCCCCCCAGGCUCCCGCUCGGCCGGACUGCAGCUUGGGGCCACCUCCCAGUUCCGGAUUUGGACCUCGGGGCCCCGAGCCCAGGGCCCUGGCCUUCCCCAGCCCUGCAGCCGCGGGGGUAAAGGGCGCAGGGGCCACCGGCCUCUUCCCCUUCCACCUACCAGCUCCUCCCCCGGGGCCCCCCCAGCCUCCCCCCUUCUUCAGCCCCCUUCAGCCAGAAGGCUCCGCAGGCGGAGGUGGAGGAGUCCCGGCGGCCUCUGCUUCAGCAGCCCUGGGAGGCUUAGGCCCCAUCCAGAUUCAGCCGGGCGAAGGUCCCGGCCUGCCUGCGCCCCCCGGCCCGGGGCCCCGGCCCCCGGAGCUGCCUUCCUAUGAGUGCAGUCACUGCCAGAAAACAUUUAGCUCGCGCAAGAACUACACGAAGCACAUGUUCAUUCAUUCAGGGGAGAAGCCCCACCAGUGUUCCGUGUGCUGGCGUUCCUUCUCUCUCCGAGAUUACCUCCUCAAGCACAUGGUGACACACACCGGGGUGCGGGCCUUCCAGUGCUCCGUCUGCUGCAAACGCUUCACUCAGAAGAGUUCGCUCAAUGUGCACAUGCGCACCCACCGGCCAGAGCGCGUCCCCUGCCCGCUCUGCGCCAAGGUGUUCUCCCACCGGACACUACUGGAGCGCCACCUCAGCUCUCACCCUGCCCCCUGACCCCUCUCCCCCAGCCCCCGUGCCCAUCCUCAGUCCUCUGGUGGCCCCCACUGCCUCCCCUUCCCCCCAUGGCCAAGGCCCCUCUGCCGACUGGAACCUUGGACUCUGCUAGUGGAAGGCAUUGGCCUGGGGGUCCUCUGGCUGCCCUCCCUUCCCACCCCUCCCCCUAUCCCCCCAUCCCCCAUCCCUUGAGACUCCCCUCUCUUCACUCCUUGCCAGGGGAGUGUUGGUGGGGCUGAUCCUGUAUUCAGGGCUGGGCAGGGCCAUCUGGGAGGGUGGCCCCAGGCCGGCCUCUGAGGCGCUGCUGUGGUGGCUCUUUUGGGGAGUUUGGAGCCUUCUCUGUGAUUGGCCCCAGAUUUUGGGGGGGGCACCCAGAAAGUCAUAUUGAAAUGUCCUGGCUGUCUAGCAAUGCCCUUGGAGCGAGAGCAGAGGCCAAGAGGCAGGAGGCAAGCUGGGCAGGGGGCGCCCUCUGCUACUGCCGGGGAGCAGGCUCGCCAAACUCACCCCAAGCUUCCCAAGGGACCUGACAGGGCUGAACUGAAACAGGAUGAGGUGUUGGAGGAGGAGGAGGCUUAGAACCUGAGUGGGCCCCGGCCACCAACGGAAGGAGCCGGGUCAGCCAGCCCUCAUUCAUCACCACCCUUCCCCUUCCCCUUCAGUGUGUCUUCUUCCCCUAGAGUGUGCGCUCCUUGAGGGCAGGAACUGUCUUUCUGCUUGUAUUUGUAAGUUUGGUAUGUAGUAGGAGGUCAUUUAAUAAAUGCUUGUUGACUGAC